AAUUCGCCAGUAACACCGCUUGUAUAAAUUCGCCUAGGCAGCAACGUUUCUCUUUACUUGACGUUUACCUUUUCACCUGUCGGCGUUGUAUGGACUUUGUAUCUGGCGCAAUAAGACUUCGUACAUUUUAGCUUUUGUCGAAUUUGUUAAUUAUUAAAGAUGUCGCUUGCUUCUGAUGCCGUAUUUCAAAAAAUUAUUGAUGGCGUGAAGGAAAACGAAGCCAAGGCAAAGGCUAUCAAUGGUGUCUUCCUCUAUAAAAUCACCAAAGAUGGCAAAGUGGUAAAGGAAUGGACUUUGGACUGCAAGAAUGCUAAAGCAUACGAAGGACCUGCCAAGGAUAUUAAAGUCGAUACUACGCUGACUGUGGCGGAUGAAGAUAUGGUGGACAUUGCUCUCGGGAAACUAAAUCCACAGGCCGCCUUCAUGAAGGGCAAACUCAAGAUUUCGGGAAACAUUAUGUUAUCCCAAAAGCUGGCUCCUCUUCUCAAGACAGAUGCUAAGUUGUAAAGAUUUAGCAUGUAAUAAUAAAAAUAUUCAUUCCGUGUCGGGAUUAUAAAAAGUACAUAUACAUACAUACAUAAAUUGGUAUUGUAAUUCAUGUUUAAAUAUAUGGGAGGCAGGGUAAACGAUUAAUUAAAUUCAAAUGAAAAGGACAUAUUAACAUUGUUUUAUGAGCAUAAUAGUUGUAUUUAAAAAAAUAAUAAAUAAAUAAAAUGCCAAUUCUGAAUACUAGCUCAGAUUUCAA